UAAAUAUAUAGAAAAGAUAAAAAAGAAUUCCUGUUAACAUUAAUGUGAUACGUGUCAUAGAAAUAUCUUGAUAUGUGUUGGAGAUUAAUCAAAAUUUAUAAAGAAAAAAUAUAAAGAAAAAGAAAAAUUUCAUACAUAAUAUAGGCGAACAAAACUAAAUAGGAAUUUUCUUUUUCAUAAACACUUAAAGAAAAUAAUUUCAAAUGAUUUGUCACUGUGAUAUUUCUUUCUUUUUGUUUUACAAAUUUGAUAUCUAAGAUAUGUAACUUCAUCACCAUGAAAUAAUUGAAAAAUGCUUGUUUAGUAAAAUAAUUUCCAUUUUGUUGUUACUAAAUCCCUUAUAUAUUUUUUUUGGUAGAUAUUAUACGAGAUCUAGACAAAAUGAAUAUAAUUUAGCAGAGAUACUUAACAAUUAAUAAUAUGAACAAUUUUUUCUUUUUGUUAAAUGACCAUUUAACGAAAGUUUAUUUUCUUAAACAUGUUACUCUUCUAAAGAUUCUUAUUUUAUGUUACUUUUCAUAACUAAGUUGCUGAAUUAGUUUAUCUUCAUUUCUGAUUUCUUCGCAAGUUUCUCCAUAUCUCUCCUCAAAAACAAUCCCACAUAUGAUACAACAAUCUAAUUAAGUUCUAAUGUGAAAAAAGCAACCAGAAAAAAAUGUUGUUUAUUCAGUUUCUCUUCACUUCCUUCUUGCUAUUUCUCUUCUUCCUCUUCGGUUUCGCAUCAUCUGCAACUUUGCCAACCCAAGAAGGGGAGGCUUUUAAAGUUGCACUAACCACAUUGAAAAAGACUAAUAUUGAUUUAAAUGCGGAUCCAUGCGAAGUCUCAUCUACUGGAAGUGAAUGGUCAACCAUCAGCAGAAAUUUGAAGAGAGAAAAUCUUCAAGGGUCUCUUCCCAAAGAGUUUGUGGGACUUCCUUUUCUGCAAAAGAUUGAUCUCUCAAGAAACUAUCUCAAUGGUUCCAUCCCUCCUGAAUGGGGAGUCUUGCCACUUGUCAACAUAUCGCUUCGUGGAAACCGAUUAACGGGUCCAAUCCCUAAGGAAUUUGGAAACAUUACAACUCUUACUAGCCUUGUCCUGGAAGCCAAUCAACUUUCAGAAGAAUUACCUCUUGAGCUCGGGAAUCUACCAAACAUUAAAAAAAUGAUUCUUAGCUCGAAUAACUUCAACGGAAACAUUCCAUCUACAUUUACAAAACUAACCACCUUGAGAGAUUUUCAUGUAUGUGACAACCAGUUUUCAGGAACAAUUCCAGAUUUCAUCCAAAAAUGGACUAAACUUGAGAGACUGUUUAUUCAAGCAAGUGGUUUAGGUGGACCAAUUCCCAUUGCCAUUGCUUCUCUCGUAGAGUUAAAAGACUUGAGAAUCAGCGAUUUGAAUAAUGGACCCGAAUCUCCCUUUCCACCGUUAAGGAACAUAAAAAAGAUGGAGACAUUAAUUCUUAGGAACUGCAAUCUAACAGGAGACUUACCUGCGUAUCUUGGAACUAUUACCUCCUUAAAGCUCUUAGAUCUUAGCUUCAAUAAAUUAAGUGGAGCCAUCCCUAACACUUAUGUUAAUCUUAGCGACGGAGGUUACAUAUAUUUUACAGGAAACAUGUUAAAUGGGUCGGUUCCAAAUUGGAUGGUAAAUAAAGGAUAUAAAAUUGAUCUUAGUUACAACAAUUUCUCAGUAGAUCCAACCAAUGCCGUAUGCAAGAAUAAUGCACUUUCAUGCAUGAGAAACUACCAGUGUCCUAAAACUUUCAAUGGUCUUCAUAUAAACUGUGGUGGAGAUGAAAUGUCUAUCAAUGGGACAAUAUAUGAAGCUGAUAAGUAUGAUAGACUGGAGAGUUUAUACAAAAGUCGAAAUGGGUGGUUCUCAAGCAACGUAGGAGUCUUCGUAGACGAUAAACAUGUUCCCGAGAGAAUAACCAUCGGGUCUAACUCAUCUGAGCUCAAUGUGGUAGAUUUUGGGCUGUAUACGCAAGCUCGAAUCUCAGCCAUCUCACUCACUUACUAUGCAUUGUGUUUAGAAAAUGGAAAUUACAAUGUUAAUCUCCAUUUCGCCGAGAUUAUGUUUAGCGGUAACAACACUUAUCAAAGCUUGGGUAGACGGUUUUUCGACAUAUACAUUCAGAGGAAGCUCGAGGUUAAAGAUUUCAAUAUCGCUGAGGCGGCAAAAGCUGUUGGAAACGUUGUUAUUAAGACAUUUCCGGUCGAGGUAACAAACGGAAAGUUGGAGAUACAAUUGUAUUGGGCCGGGAAAGGAACUACAGUCAUUCCCAAAAAACGUGUUUAUGGUCCUCUCAUAUCUGCUAUAUCAGUGGAUCCAAAUUUCAAUCCACCACCUAGAAAUGGUAUGAGUACUGGUACUCUCCAUGCAUUGGUAGUGAUGGCAUGCAUUUUCAUUUUGUUUUCCGUACUUGGAAUUCUAUGGAAAAAAGGUUGCUUGAAAUCGAAAAGCCAAAUGGAAAGAGAUUUCAAAAGUUUGGAACUCAUGAUUGCUUCUUUCUCGUUGAGGCAAAUCAAAAUCGCUACAAACAACUUUGAUUCUGCAAAUAGAAUUGGAGAAGGCGGCUUUGGUCCUGUAUACAAGGGAAAGUUGUCUGAUGGAACAAUAAUCGCGGUGAAACAACUUUCGACAGGAUCAAAACAAGGGAACCGCGAGUUCUUGAACGAGAUUGGCAUGAUUUCAGCUCUGCACCACCCGAAUCUGGUUAAACUAUAUGGAUGUUGCGUUGAAGGAGACCAGCUUUUGCUAGUCUAUGAGUUUGUAGAAAACAACAGCCUUGCUAGAGCAUUGUUUGGUCCCCAAGAAACUCAGUUGAGAUUGGACUGGCCUACAAGACGGAAGAUAUGUAUCGGGGUAGCGAGAGGACUAGCAUAUCUACACGAAGAAUCGAGGCUAAAGAUUGUACAUAGAGACAUCAAAUCCACUAAUGUGUUGUUAGACAAAGAACUGAAUCCAAAAAUAUCAGACUUUGGUCUUGCUAAGCUUGAUGAAGAGGACAGCACUCACAUUAGCACUCGAAUCGCUGGAACAUUUGGUUACAUGGCUCCAGAGUAUGCCAUGAGAGGCCAUUUGACAGAUAAAGCCGAUGUUUACAGCUUUGGCAUUGUAGCUCUAGAGAUCGUUCAUGGAAGAAGCAAUAAAAUAGAACGUUGCAAAAACAAUACCUUCUAUCUUAUUGACUGGGUGGAGGUUUUGAGGGAGCAGAAUAAUCUCUUGGAACUGGUGGAUCCAAGAUUAGGAUCAGAUUACAACAGAGAAGAAGCAAUGACAAUGAUCCAAAUUGCGAUAAUGUGUACAAGCUCAGAGCCUUGUGUUAGACCGUCAAUGUCAGAAGUGGUGAAGAUAUUGGAAGGUAAGAAGAUAGUGGAGUUGGAGAAGCUUGAGGAAGCUUCAGUCCAUAGAGAAACAAAGAGACUUGAAAACAUGAACACGAUGAAGAAGUAUUACGAAAUGAUAGGGCAAGAGAUAAGUACGAGCAUGAGCAUGAUCAUGAGUGAUCAUAGUGAAUCAUCAGCAGAUCAUUAGCAGUUGUGUAAAAAUAACAUGUGAAGAAGGAAACCCAAAAAACUGUUCUUAGCAUUUCAGAAACAAUCUGAGUUCUUAAGUACAAGUCAGAGAGAGAGAGAGAGAGAGAGAUGUGGGAAUCAAUCUUUUUUAAUAAGUGUUAAAA